AUGAGGACACGGGAUCGUGCUGUACUUGCCAAGUGCGAUGUUAUCGUUGACGUGGGAGGUGUACACGAUCAUUCGAAGAAACGAUACGACCAUCACCAAUUAGAGUUCAAUGAGACAAUGCAGACAUUGGGCAUACUGGAUUUUAGCACUAGACUCAGUUCAGCUGGAUUGAUCUACGCCCAUUAUGGAAAGCAACUGAUCGCAGAGAUACUUGAUUCCUCCCACGACGAUAAAAUGGUGUAUAUAUUUUUUCGAAAGCUUUACGAAACGUUUGUCGAAGCCAUAGAUGCUAUCGAUAAUGGCAUCCACAGUAUGAUGGCACACCCUGGGUUUAUCGGAGGUAACAAGGCAUUCGAAGGAGCUCUAGCUAUGGCAAAGAAGGCGCUCGAAAUUGGAGAUGCGGAGCUAGCAGCAAGAUCUGAAAAUGGACAGGAGUUAAAGAAAAUGAAACUGGACAAUGAACAAGCAGUGAGCAGUACUGAACAAGCAGUAAGCAGUACCGUGGAACCUGCUCAUUAG